CGCACGACGCUUGGCAACGAUGACCAGUUUGAAUUGUCCGGCGUCAGAGAGAGCGAUACGAAGGAGGAAACGGUUGCUGACGUGAGAGCCGCACGUCUGGUAUCCUGGACCUGGAGUGAUUUUUAGUAGUGAUCAAUGACGGUCGAGGAGACGAAAGACGGUGGAACCGAGCCGUGCGAGCAGUCGCUGGCGUUCGUCUUGAAGGCAUCUGGCGUCUUUGAAAGCAACGAUCCGCAGACUCGCACGGAGCCGAAAGGCUUUCAGUUUGAAGUUGCAUCAUGAGGCGCCAAGACAAGAAUGCAGAUUGAACGAACGGGCGGCUGUUGAAGGAGCCGAUGCUCGGGUCAAGAGAACGCGCAAAGGCCUGAGGUCGCCUGAAGACGCCUGAUGCGUGGACGGCGACCCUCAACACAGGAACGAGCACUGAUGGAUGCACCGAAACUUAUGGAACGCGCGGACGAGUGAACAGCGGCCACGGACAGAGUGGGCGUGGCAGUCACACAAGUGAAGUGAGUCAGAGCACAGUACAGCAACAGUCAUGAAAGCUGACUGAGGGCUGCGAAGCAGGGCAGGCUCCCCGCGGCGUGAGUCCAAGUGGCUAAGUUAUUGUCGGCUGUGACCCAGGGUUGAGUCGUAGCCGAAGUGGCGUGCAGGAGGACGUGAACGUAGGAAACGUGGUUGUUAACGAACGAAACGAAAAAGAUACGC